AGUUCACACUCAAGGAAAGUACCCUUUUCAGGAUAUCAACAAUGUAAAUGCACAGCAAAUUCAGCAUUUAACGUAUAUUUUCAGUUAAAAUGACACGAGUUUAUCUUGGAGGCAUUAGUCACAGAUGCCGUGAUUCAGAUAUUGAACAUUUCUUUAGGAAAUAUGGUAAAAUCAAGGAUAUUUCUAUCAAGAAUAAAUAUGCCUUCGUGGAUUUUGAGGAUUACCGUGAUGCAGAGGACGCAGUUUAUGAUCUUCAUAAAAAAGAAUUCAUGGGAGAAGUGGUGACGGUUGAGGUAGCCAAGGGGACACCUCAUGGUCGGGACAAGGAGAGAUGGGGCGGUGGAAGAUCUAGGUCAAGAUCUAGAUCUCCUAGACGCAGGAGAAGCAGGACAAGAUCUAGGAGUAGGAGCAGGAGUAGGAGCCGAGGGGGGCGUGGUGGUGGAGGAGGAGGAUACGGCGGAGCAGAUCGUCGGCGGCCAAUCUGGUUGGAAAAGUAUGGUCCUCCUACUAGGACGGAGUAUAGAGUUAUUGUAGAGAACCUUAGCAGCCGGGUCUCGUGGCAGGAUCUCAAGGAUUUUAUGCGAAAAGCCGGAGAAGUAACAUUUGCUGAUGCGCAUAGACAACGCAGGAAUGAAGGUGUGGUUGAGUUCUCGUCCUACGACGACGUGGAGAACGUGAUUAGGAAGCUGGAUAACACGGAGCUAAACGGCAGAGUUAUCAAGAUUAUUGAUGACAGCAGGGGCGUCAAGAAAAGGAGCAGAAGUCGCAGCAGGCGAUCCCGUUCCAGAUCUGACAGCCGAUCCCGGUCCAGGUCCAGAUCUAGAUCCAAAAAGUCCUGGUCUCGAGACCGCAAGUCCAGCCGCGACCGGAAGUCUAGUCCCGACCGGAAGUCCAGUCGUGACCGGAAAUCUAGGUCUAGGUCUGGUGGGUCCCGCAGCCCCAGAAGAAAAUCCGAUUCAGAUUAGACUUCAGCAUCGAUAUGAUGGAUGAUCAAUCAAUCAAUCAAUCGAUGAGAAGGACAUGAUCAAUCAAUCGAUGAGAAGGACGAAUUGACGAAAUCG